CGUCAGCGCAGCGCAGGACUCUCUCCCGCGGCGGCGUGUCCUCCCUCAACAAACGCGAGCAAUGCGAACCGAACGCCAGCGAAACGCGCUCCGCAGACCGGCGCUCGCCGCGGAUUAAACCGGGGAACUCUUCAAAUCAUGGCGGAGACGGCGGAGAAUUGAAGCCCGACGCGUUGAGCACGUAGCGCGCUCUGAUUUCGCGUACUAGACGCGCAGUAUGCAGGAGCCCAGCUGAUCGGGACUCGAACCCGCAGCGUUUAGUUGACCACCACGAACCACCGCUCGACUCCAGAACCAGAUACAGCUCAAAUUAGCUCAUUAGUCCGGCUCGCCAGCUAAUUAAUGAUGGCGGGGAAGCUGACAGCGCAGGGCGCGGGAAUCCUGCUGGUCACCGCCAACGUUGGAUCACUGUUUGAAGAUCCGGAGAACCUGCAGAAGACCUGGCUGAGGGAGUUUUGUCAGACGGUUCAGACGCACCGGCCUCUCUUCGUGGCUCUUCACUGUCAGGAGGUCGGAGGGAAGAACUACGAGGCGUCCAUGACACACGUGGACAGCUUCAUCAAAGAGCUGCUGUCCAGUGACGUCAUGAAGGACUUCAACCGCGCUCGCGUCUACCUCGACAAGAACUACAAAUCCCAGGAGCAGUUCACAGCUCUGGGAUGUUGCUACUUCAUCCACGAAUCCUUGAAAAACAUCCAGCAGUUUGAUUUCAAAGCCAAGAAGUUCAGGAAGCUGCUCGGGAAGGAGGUGUGCUCAGACGCUCUGCCAAACACAGCCAUGCUGGAGAAAGAGAAGUUUCCUCAAGACUACUUCCCUGAGUGUAAAUGGUCCAGAAAAGGCUUCAUCCGAACCCGAUGGGCGCUUGCUGACUGUGCCUUUGACCUGGUGAACAUCCACCUGUUUCACGACGCGUCUAACCUGGUGGCGUGGGAGAAGAGCCCGUCGGUUUACUCAGGAACGAGGCAGAAAGCGCUGGGCUUCGUCCUGGACAGGAUCACGGAUCAGCGCUUCGAGCGGCUGCCCUACUUCAUCUUCGGCGACUUCAACUUCAGGUUGGACUCCAAGCAGGUCAUUGAGAGUCUGUGCUCGAAGGCCAGCAUGCAGACGGUCAGAUCCACAGACACCAAUGAAGUGGACAAACUCAUCUUCAGAGAGUCAGACAACGACCGCCAGGUUGUCCUUCAGCUGGAAAAGAAGUCUUUUAACUACAUUAACCAGGACGUUUUCCGGGAAAACAAUGGAAAGCUGCUCUUAGAGUUCGACAGAGAGCUGUCUGUGUUCAAGGAGCGUCUGAAUGAGCUGGACAUCUCGUUUCCUCCGAGCUAUCCGUACAGUGAGGACUCCGGUCAGGGAAAGCAGUACAUGAACACUCGCUGUCCAGCCUGGUGUGACCGGAUCCUCAUGUCCUCGACGGCCAAAGACCUGCUGGUGAAGCCGGAGAACGAGGAGAAAUCAAUAACAUACGACAACAUCGGACCCAACGUGUGUAUGGGAGACCACAAGCCGGUCUACUUGUACUUUCGGUUAAGCACAGGUCCAGGUAAACCUAAUGCAAAUAAGCACAAGUGUUGUGUCGUGCAGUGAUGUGGAAAAUGGUGCCAAAGGUUGGAGAAGAUUUCAUGAAAAGCGUCCCUGUGAGAAGCUCCGACACGGGUGGAAGGACACACACACACUCUCUCUCUCUCUCACACACACACACACACACACACGCAAACAGAGGACCCUGUAAAGACUUUUCAGCAGGACUGACCAGUCGCAUUUGUCCAGUGCAUGCAAUCACGUCCAUAGAAACGACACAUUGAGUUCAUGAAUGCUUCAAGAGUCGAGAUCAUGGACACACACACACACACACACACACACACACUCUGAAUCAGACGCCUCUCAGCCCGGUUUCCCAAACUCUAACAGAAGAUCAGAAACACUCAACAGAUUUUAAAAGGCAUCCUUGUGGAUUUUAGAAGCUCCUCCUAAUAUUACGAGCUCCUUCCAUUCAGUAUGUAAGAUGUUUUAAAGUGCAAUGCAAGAAUUCUCGUUGUAUUUCUGUGGUUAGGUUUAUCCGUACGAGCUGAUUUCACUGCUGUUUGGACCUUUCUAGACUUUCUCUGUUAGAAUAGACAGAUAUAUUCUGUUCUAGCAUCUGUAUGGUUUUCUUCCUCUCUUGUUUUUUUUGUUUUUCUCUCCUUCUUGUCGUGCCGCGCCGCAUACAACCGCUCGAGUAUCAUUUUAUAUUCUGUACUUUUUAAAGAGAUAAUUUAUAAUUCGUACCAAAACUAUUAGAUGCUGACGUGUCGAUACGAGCGGCUGCUUCGGGUGUACAGUCGAAUCGUCUGAAUAGUUAUAAGGAAGCGACUUAAUCCGCAUCGAUGUAAGAAGAAAAUGCCAUUUCAGCCUAUAUGAUUUAUAUAUAUAUAUAUUUAGCCGAUUUCGUUUUUUAUCUUUUAAGCAGUGCCAUAAACCAUGCGAGUAUAUAAGAUAGUUUGCUCGGUUCUCACAGUACUGUUCUUAUUCUAACUUAUUUCUGUGUAAUAAUGUUACGGUUGAAUGUGAUAUUUUAAAUAGGCCUGGGUAUCUUAAAUAGCUGUAUCCUUUCCUUUUGGUUUUGUAUGAUUUCCUGUUAUUCUAUGAUUGUGUCACGGUGCCAACUGUCGAGCUCGGUCAGAUGUAGAGCCUCGGACGAUAAGGACCAGGAGGACCCUUCUUGAUUUCUGCGGUCUGUUCUCCGCUAGCGCUGACCGACUUCUUCACACUACAGAGUCCGUCCUUCGUGUCCGAAUCGCUGGGAAUGAUUUUGUGUCGCUCCCACAGCGAUCCGGUUAGAAGAGCCGCUUGUUAACGGUGUUUUUCCCAGCAGGUCAGGUGAUAGGAUGCGCUCUUUUCUUUAAGCAGAUAGCGAUUAGACCUCAUGGAUGGCAAGACCUCCAAAAGCAAUAAAACCAUUAGAACUCAAUGAACGAA